GCCGAGACGGUAGCUGGAGACGAGCCAUCGCUGCACUCCGAGUGGCAAGACGACCCAUGGACAGUGCCGCCCCGCUCAGGUCACAACAUCGUUGGCCUGCUGUUCAGGGUCUCGGAGGAUAACGCCCGGCGCAAUGCCUACGUCCACCGGGGCUGCAUGUGCAAUGCCUGCGGGCUCCUGCCCAUCCGCGGUAUACGCUAUCGUUGUGCCAACUGCGCCGAUUUUGACCUCUGCGAGACGUGCGAGUCUCAGGGCUUGCAUAUCAAGACACACGUGUUCUACAAGGUCAGGGUCCCCGCGCCGCCCUUCGGUCCGAAAUCGAUGCAACCUGUGUGGUACCCUGGCGACCCGGAUACAGCCCUCAGAAGCCUGCCCAACCCGCUCAUCAGGCAUCUGGCGAGGGAGACGGGCUUUGAACGACCCGAGCUGGAGGCUCUGUGGGAGCAGUGGACCUUCAUUGCAGCUACCGAGUGGAGGGACGACCCAGAUGAACUGUACCUAGCUGCAGAUCGCAAGACGUUCGAGAGAUACCUCGUGCCUUCGAGUGGCACGAAGCGCACCACACCAAACCUGAUUCACGACCGAAUGUUUGCUUUCUACGACACCAACGGCGACGAUCUGAUCAGCUUUCCCGAAUUUCUCAAGGGAUUGUCCUACAAGAAAGGCAAAGAGAGACUUGAGAGGAUAUUCAAGGGCUACGAUAUCGACGGCGAUGGCUACAUAUCUCGAAGGGACUGUCUGCGGAUGUUCCGAACCUACUACGUCUUGUACAAGCAAAUGCACGCAGACGUGAUCGAAGGCUUAGACCAGCAAGCUCUGCACAAUACUGACACCCAACAGCUUGUCACUGGAAGGCAGCCGCUCAGCAGCCACUUCGGCCGUGAAGGCCGGGUGCCUGAAGCUGACCAUGGACGCAGGAUGGAAGGCAAAGUUUUUCACAGCAACGGCGAAGUGUUUAUUAACGAUGACAAAUUCAAUGUUGUGAACGAGACCCGGCCGGAUGUUGGAAACCGCGAGGAGAUCCUUUCCAGCCUUUUCAGCCAGGGCGGAGACAUCGACCACGGCAGCAGGUUCUAUGCGUCCACCUCCGAGCACGUCACCUCUCCUACCGGGGAGGACGUAUCACAUAUCCACUUUGAGGCGUUGCUCAACCCGCCGACACAAGUCGCAGAACUGGUGAACUUGUUGGUUGGCGAGUCGCGCAACAUCCAGCCUGGUGAGAUCUCUCCAGACAAUCGUGAGGAACAGCAGAACAGUCAUGAUAGCGGCAGCGAGGAAGAUACGUCCGUGGAAGAAGACGACACGGAAGCACCCAGACCACCACUCGAAGGAGCCGCGUCGGGUCUGCCGGCAAAUGCAUCUCUGGGAUUCUCUGCUGCUACGACGAACGGCCUGCGGGAUGCCGUGAGGAAAAAGUUGUUCGAUCGCUGGAGGAAGCGCACUUUCUACCUGAUGGAAGAGGAGGGCACGUCACCGCCAGAAGGAUUUGAUGCCGAUGAGGACGUUCUUGCAGAUAUCACUGCAACCGAGGGGUUCGAGUCCAAGGACGGACAGCCUGCCCUGUCUGCCCGGUCGAGGUCAUCAUCCAAGGUUCGCUUUGCCGAGGACACCGACGACUACGAGGUCAGAUCCAACCCAUCCACGUCGUCGAGGAGCGUGCCAGAGCGUUGGGGAGGAAUGGAUAUACCUGAUGCUGAGAGAGAUAUGGGGAAGGAGAUUCUCUACGUUGUGACGCAGCAGGCCUUUAACGAGAUCCUCGAUGUCCUUUUCAAAGAAAAGGAAGAUCUUGCUGUCAAGGCUGCGCAGUCCAAGGAAUGGAGGGAUGCAUACCGAGACGUCCUGGACUCCUUUGACCCGGAUCAACCAUUACGGGCACCUUCGCAACCUACCCCUCAGCAAUCCGGAACGGGAGAUAGAAACGUGGACGAGCUUCUCGCGACUGCAGGAUACGAAGUCGACGAAACUCUGGCGGUGGACGGGACUGUGGUGGAGCGCGAGGACGAAGACGAAGUUGACACGAGUGCAGACGAAGAGGACCACUUGGAGGAGACGUCUGAGAACGGUUCAGCACACAUGAUGGACGCGACCUCGUAUCGUGACCCGACCAUGCCUCAAUUUCGUCCCAACUGUGACGCGGAUCUCCGUCGGACUGACACCACCCCGCAUUCCGACCAGCGUCAGCAGGCUGCAGAAAUGAAGGGCUUCAACUGCGCCCAGCCCAGUCUCAAUAGCCCACCGCCACAAAAAGGACGACCCCUGACACGCCCGGACCGCUCGGUUCUUGUCGAAUGGAAAAAACUGGACGCCGCUGAGGCGGAAGCCAAGGAGCGCGGCGGGUGGGGCCGGUUGACGCUGGCUGAAUUCAAGGAGAUUUGGCAUCGCGAGGAGAGCGGACACCACCGGCUGGACUAUCUGGGGACGUGGAUCGACUUUUGCAUACCUUAG